AUGUCGUCACCAACCACUCCUAGUUCAGAGAAGCAUGCUCGUCCCGAGACCGAGCAAAAUUCCCUCCCAAUCUCGGACAAUCUUGGACACGAUCAAAACGCACUAUCUAGGGAUGGAACCAUACAGCCGGCCAAUCCCGCUGCUAAACCAGACGGUGGUCUUCUUGCUUGGAUGCAAGUGGUCGGCGGAUUUAUUUUAUUCUUCAACUCGUGGGGAAUUCUAAGCACCUUCGGUGUCUACCAAACUACGUACGAAUCAGGUGCACUUUUCCGGGAGAGCUCAUCCAACAUUGCCUGGAUUGGAGCCAUUCAAUACUGUAUUGCAAUGUUGACAGGCUUCUGGGCUGGGCCUGUCUACGAUCGCGGCUAUCUACGGACGCUACUUUUCAUCGGCACUUUUGGUCUUGUUUUGGGGCACAUGUUCCUCAGUCUUUGCCAUGAAUACUGGCAGGUACUUCUUGCCCAGGGCUUUAUGGUUGGCACUGCGGCAGGUUGUCUUUUUCUCGUGUGCAUAUCUACGCUUCCACAGUACUUCGACAGAAAUCUCGGGCUUGCCGCUGGAAUAGCGACAUCGGGAUCUUCAUUCGGCGGGAUCAUUUACCCUAUCGCCUAUUAUCAUUCUGUCGACCGCGUCGGUUUUGCAUGGGCUACUCGAAUCCUUGGCUUCAUCGCAUUAGCUACGCUUGUGGUGCCUCUGUGUGUCAUGAAGGCUCGCAUGAAGCCAGUAGUCGCGCGGUCCUUCGUCGAUUGGACCGCUUUCAGAGACGGUCAUUACAUGGCUUUCGUUCUUGGCACUUUUUUUGGUUCGAUCACCAUACUGAUACUCAACACAUACAUCAGCUUUUACGGACAGAGCCGAUCACUACUCAAUGACGCCAUGGCCUUUGACAUCGUGUCAGUGUUCAACGCCGCCUCGUGUUUAGGGCGCAUCCUGCCGAACUUCAUCUCUGAUAUCUGUGGCCCUUUGAACAUUUUUGCACCCUUCAUGUACAUUACCGGAGCUGUAGCUCUUUGCAUGAUGGCUGUAAGUAGCCAAGGUGGUAUCAUUGCUCUGGCUGUCAUACUCGGCUUUUUGAGUGGCGCAUUUCCAUCGCUGCUACCCGUUUGCUUCGCACGUCUAACCAAAGACAAGAGCAAGCUUGGAACCCGUAUGGGGAUGGGGUACGCCUUAUCGAGCUUGGGCUAUUUAGCUGGUGGGCCUGGUGGUGGUGGUAUCCUUGGCAGGGUUGAACCAUUAGAGUGGAAUGGGCUAUGGAUAUAUUGUGGCGUGUCUUCGUUUGUAGCCGCGUCGAUCUAUACAGCGAUCCGUUUCUACGACACUGGAUUAAAACUUCGCGCCAAAGCAUAG